AUGGCUCCUUCGGCUGUUUCUCCAGCACCCGCCGACCGGGUUCCCUCAAGCUUCGCCAGCUACAGAGGCUACGACAAUGUCCACUGGUACGUGGGCAACGCAAAGCAGGCUGCUUCAUACUACAUCACCCGCAUGGGCUUCAAGCGCGUCGCCUACCGUGGUCUAGAGACAGGCUCCCGCAGCAUCUGCUCCCACGUUGUCCGCAACGGCGACAUCACUUUCAUCCUGACCUCGCCUCUGCGGUCACUGAACCAGAUCGACCGGUUCCCGGCGGAGGAGCAGGAGCUGCUGAAGGAGAUUCACGCUCAUCUCGAGAAGCACGGUGAUGCCGUCAAAGAUGUCGCUUUUGAGGUCGACUCGGUGGACGCCGUUUUUGACGCUGCAGUGAAGAACGGGGCUAAGGUUGUGUCUCAUCCUCAGACGCUGGAGGAUGCCGACGGUUCUGUCCGGGUUGCUACCAUCCAGACAUACGGUGAGACAACACACACUCUGCUGGAGAGGGGCUCGUAUCGCGGUGCGUUCCUGCCCGGCUACCGUCUUGAGACCGGACCUGAGGAUCCUGUUUCCCAGCUGCUGCCGGGUGUGCAUCUGAAGCGGAUCGAUCACUGCGUCGGAAACCAGGACUGGGACGAGAUGGACAAGAUCUGCGAAUACUAUGAAAAGGCCCUCGGUUUUCACCGUUUUUGGUCUGUCGACGACACGCAAGUUUGCACUGAAUACUCUGCUCUCAAGAGUAUCGUGAUGGCUUCCCCCAACGAGGUCGUGAAGAUGCCCAUCAACGAACCCGCCAAGGGAAAGAAGCAGUCCCAGAUCGAAGAAUACGUCGACUUCUACAACGGCGCUGGCGUCCAGCACAUCGCUCUUCUGACCGACGAUAUCAUCCGGGCUAUCACCAACCUCAAGGCCCGGGGUGUCGAGUUCAUCAAGGUCCCAGAUUCAUACUACGAGGACGUGAAGCUGCGGCUCAAGAAAGCCGGCCUGACUCUGCACGAGGACUUCGAGACGAUCCGCAGCCUGGACAUCCUCAUCGACUUCGACGAGGGUGGCUACCUCCUGCAGCUGUUUACCAAGCAUCUGAUGGACCGUCCAACCGUCUUCAUCGAGAUCAUCCAACGACACAACUUCUCCGGCUUCGGCGCUGGCAACUUCAAGUCACUUUUCGAGGCCAUCGAGCGCGAGCAGGCUCUGCGUGGAAACCUGGUGUAA